GGGGGCGUUUCUCUUUCAGUGGAAACAUAAAGUCUGAAACCACAGCACCGCCUCAGAGGAUCACACUCAAUACUACCGUGUUCACCCAGAAGCAACGUGUUUUUAUUGAACUCUCGACAUCGACGGCCCCUGUGUGCAGACCGGGAUAUGGACGCUGGAGCCGGCAGGACGAUGGAGGUGGCGGCGCUGGGCCGGCCGUUCAGCCUCGGGAUGCUGUACGACUGCCGCCUGGACUCACUGGUGCCCGGCAUGACACUGUGGGACUACGAUGACCUGGAAAAGAAUGCAAAAGAAAUAACAAAACCUAGCAGUGAAUUUGGGAUAGUUACAUCUGAAUCUAUUGACGAUAAAUCUUUAGCAUUAAAUGUUGAAGCCUCUCUGAAAGCAAGUUUCUUAGGUGGACUGGUGAAGGUUGGAGGAUCGGCCAAGUACCUGAACGACAGUAAGACUUCCAGACAUCAGGCCAGAGUAACACUAAGCUACAAAACUACCACAAAGUUCCAGAAACUGUCCAUGAAUCAUCUUGGAAGAAACAAUAUAAAGCAUCCGUAUGUCUUUGAUAAAGGAAUAGCAACACAUGUAGUCACAGCUGUUCUUUAUGGGGCACAAGCCUUCUUUGUCUUUGACCGUGAGGUGUCUGAAACAGAAACUCAUCAAGACAUCCAGGGCAACCUGACGGUGAUGAUCAAGAUGAUUCCCGGCAUUGCGAUAGAGGGUGAAGGUGCCCUGAAGAUGAAAGACAAGGACAGGGAAUAUGUUGAUAAAUUCUCCUGCAAAUUCCAUGGAGACUUUUCUCUUAAAAAGAACCCUGUGACCUUUCAGGAGGCAGUAGAAGUCUACCAAAGUCUGCCGAGACUGUUGGGAGCCAACGGAGAGAACGCCGUACCAAUGACGGUCUGGCUGUUGCCAUUGACCACUUUAGAUUCUACUGCUGCUAAACUCGUACGUCAGAUAAGUAUAAGAUUAGUUAACGAAUCCCAGAGUGUCCUGGAGGACUUCAGUGAGCUGGAAAUGAGGUGCAAAGAUGCAUUGAGAACCACCACUGCACAGCAGUUCCCACAGAUUGGCAAAAAGAUAAAAACCUUUAGAGAGAUGUGCUCCGAGUUCAGACUGGAACUCCAACGAACUUUGGCAAAGAGACUUCCAUCAAUCCGAGGAGGAGGAGAAGAGGAGGCCGUGCUCGCAGACAUCCUGAAGCAAAUACUUUCUUCUCCUUUCAACAGCAACAACCUGAACGAGUGGAUGGACUGUAAAGACAAAGAAGUUUAUAUUUUAAGGUCUUUCACCAAGAUGAUGAAAAACACCAAGAUCCUUUCAUCUCAAAAUGAUCUUCAUGAAGAAAUUCUCAAUGCAGAACACGUGAUGUGUUUUGUCUUCACCUCACUGGGGAGUUAUGAAUCGUACCUCUCAACUUUAUCACACUACUUAAGACAAACACAAGGCAUCCCUCAAGAUGCACACACUCAGGAUCUAGAGAAGGAACAAUGGUUCCUUUCCCACAAAGUCACAGAUACAUUGAGGCAGAAAGCAAAGCUCUUCAGUGAUUUUGCAGAGGCCAACAAGGAGAACAAGAACAUUAAGUUCUUGACCUUGGGAUUACCAAAUGAGGCCCAGAAAGGUUCAAGCAUCUACCUUUAUGAAGAUGUGUUUUCUGUCAAUGAGAACUAUGAGCCGCCUUCAAAGCCUGAAGCAGGAACAGUAAUUGAGAUCAACCACAACAGUGUGACGCUGAAGAUUUCUCCACCCAAAUUUGGAGUAGAGAACAUCACCUCCUACUCUGUUGAGUACUGUGUCAGUGGAGAGGAAGGAUGGAAACAGAAGACAGCAUCAAAAGAAGAAGAAGUCACAGUGAGCGAUCUGAGUCCUAACACAGACUAUGUGUUCAGAUGCAGAGCAGUGACCUCAGCAGGUGUUGGGCCGGCCAAUGAAGUCAGUGGUUCCAUUAAAACCUUACCUUGCAGCCCUCCUGGAGAACCUCAAGUUGAAGCAGACUCAGGAGGGAUAUCAGUCAGCUGGGAGAAACCUGCUGAGCUUGGACAGGAUGUCCACAUUAUGAGCUACAUCCUGGAGUACGCCAAGCCGGACAACGAAGACCUCCAAUGGAACCAAACGAUGUCAACGGCUGAGAAGGCGUUCAUUUCAGGACUUCACUCAGGGACAGAAUAUGUUGUCAAGGUCAGAUGUGAUUGUGGAUUAGCCGGCAAAAGCAAAGAAAGCAUCACUGUUCGUGUCCGCACAACUACACGUGAAUUUGCACGUCUUGCAGAAUACCUAAAACAUAUCAGCAAAAGGAUGAAUUCUAAUUCUCCCUCAGUUUACAAACUGCCUCUGACAGAAGAAGAUAUGGAGAUCGAUGGAUGCCGGAAAUAUGACUUUGGCAAAGAAACCAUGAGGCCAAAUCGCACAAUAAUGCUUCUUGGAGCCACCGGAGCAGGAAAGUCUACUCUGAUCAAUGGAAUGAUCAACUACAUUGUUGGUGUGGAGUGGAAGGACACUUUCAGAUUCCAGUUAGUUUGUGAGGAUCAAACGAAAUCACAAGCUCACAGCCAGACUUCUGAAGUCACUGUGUACAAAGUCAACCACCAGGAGGGAUUUCAGAUCCCUUUCUCUCUGACCAUCGUUGACACUCCAGGCUUUGGGGAUACAAGAGGCAUAGUAAGAGACAAAGAGAUCACAGAGCAAAUCCGGAGGCUUUUCACCUCUGUUGACGGAGUCAGUGAGAUUGAUGCAGUGUGUUUUGUGACUCAGGCCUCUCUUGCACGACUAACCGCAACACAACGGUAUGUGUUUGAUUCGGUGCUCUCCAUCUUUGGCAAAGAUGUGGGAGAGAACAUUCAGAUGCUGGUGACUUUUGCAGAUGGAAAGCACCCACCGGUUCUUGAGGCAAUCAACGCCGCUAAGAUCCCAUGUCCAAAAAACGACAUUGGGCUCCCGGUUCACUUCAAGUUCAACAACUCUGCAUUGUUUGCACACAAGAGAAGCAGCAGCAGCGGCGACUGGGACGAGGAUUCUGACGACAAUGACGAGUUUGACCAAAUGUUUUGGAACAUGGGGGCCAAAAGCAUGGGCAGGUUCUUCACUGCUUUGGGUAAAAUGACAACCAAAAGCCUGCUGAUGACCAAAGAGGUUCUCAAAGAACGGAAGCACCUUGAAGCUGCCAUCGAAGGUGUAAAACAGCAGAUUAAAGCCGGAUUAGCAAAACUUGAACAAAUCAAGUCAACAAAAGAAAAGAUUAAAGAGCACGAAACAGCCAUGACUGCAAAUGAAAACUUUGAGAUCGACGUGGAGGUUAUUAUGGGAGUCCAAAGACCGCUCACGAACAAAGGAGAGUACAUCACCAACUGCCAGAAAUGUUCAAUAACAUGCCACUACCCAUGCUAUGUACCCAACGAUGAGGAGAAACAUAGCUGUUUAGCAAUGGAUAAGUUCGGGAUGUGCAAAGUCUGCCCUGGAAAAUGCAUCUGGAAUCUGCAUUCCAACCAGACGUACAGAUGGGAGUAUGUCCCUGUCAAAGAGAAGCGAACGCUGCAGGAGCUCAAGGACAAGUACAAAAAAGCCACCGAAGGAAAGAUGACCGUUCAGGAACUGAUUGAGAGGCAGGAGGAAGAGAUCGCUGUGCUUCACGUCAUGAUGGUCUCCCUCCUGGAUCAGUGCACUCACUCCAUAACUCGUCUGCAGGAGAUAUCCCUGAGGCCGAACCCGCUCACCACCCCGGAGUUAAUCGACAUGAUGAUAGAAGGCGAAAGGUCGGAGGCCGAACCGGGCUACGAGGCUCGGAUUCAGUCUUUGAUGGAGUUGAAGGACAAAGCGAAAAUCUGCUGCAAAAUAGCCAAACGAGCCAAACUCACGAAAAAGGAGGAGGAGCCGGUCCAAGAACAACGGCAGAGGAAAGAAAAGAAGGGUUGGUUCGAGAGGUUUAGGUUGUAGCGUCGCUGUGAGGUUGCCGUGACAACGUGAACCAGAAUGAAGCAGAACCCAGAGUAUUGCCGUCUGCGUGUCGACGAGUACAAUCGCGACGUCUAUAUUUUUUGUGUUGUUAGGAUGAUUGUGCGAGUUAGCGUGACACGUUAUCAGAAAAGACAAAUUCCUU